AUGGGAAAAUGUGUGCAAGUCGGUCAUGCUAUUCUCUGCUACUCUAACGUCUUCGGCCCGGAGGCGACACAGGAGGACGUGUACAAUACAACUGUUGGAGAGGUUUUGGACGCCGUCCUCGACGGUUUCAAUGGCGCAGUUUUCGCGUACGGCGUUACUGGGAGUGGCAAGACAUUCACGAUGAUGGGAAGUACAGAGAAUAAAGGUUUGAUUCCACAAUCAUUCGGAGAGCUAUUUUAUAAAGUGAAUGCUCGGCCGGGAGCGACCAUCUCGGUGUCCUUCCUCGAAAUCUACGGAAAGAAACUCGUGGAUCUCCUUAACACUGAUGCAAGAGCACUCUCGGCAAAGACGAAUACUACCACAAACUUGGAGAUAUGUGGCAACAGCACGAGAAUCCACGUUCGGGGCAUAACGGAAAUCGUCGUUAAAAACGAGACACAGGCCUUGGAGGUCCUUCAAGACGGAUGUAAGAUGCUGCACUUUCGUCAAACGGAGUGCAAUGAGUCAUCGAGUCGAUCACAUGCAGUGUUUACCAUCAAUUACACCAGUUGUGCCGGGCGUCGCUCUAAGCUGGUCAUGAUUGAUCUAGCAGGGAGUGAGAACGUCAAGAGGAGCAAGGUGACAGACGGUGUGAAGGAGGCCGGAGAGAUCAACUCCAGUUUGUCUGUGCUGGGCCGUGUUGUUGAAGCCUUGAACAGUGGCAGCUCGCAUAUCCCUUACAGGGAGUCUCUAUUGACCCGUCUCCUCCAGGAUUCUCUGGGGGGCAGUUGCAAAACUUGUAUGAUAGCAACCAUUAAUCCCGAACGAAGUGAAUACCGGCAGACUAUGAAUACGCUACAGUUCGCGCAGCGUAUGAAAGAAGUUAAGCGUGUCCACAGGGAAAACAUCGGAGCGAAAGAGCAGCAUAUCGAGGACGUGAGGGAACUGGUAUCUGCUGCUGCCGCCGCAGCCUGCAACCAACAGACCGCUACUAGACUGGAAGCUGAGCUGAUAGAGAUGAAGAGACAAGUUUCUCGCACUCCUGGGUUGACAUCACAACUGGAAGUCCAAGGUGCUGAGAUUCAGCGUUUACGUGCAGCACUGGAAAGGGUGACCAGAGAGAGGGAUGAAGCGAUGGGGAAGAUGAACAUCGUUUCCAACGACGUCCGUACGGAGGCGAAAAGAGAUGAGAACGCCAAAGUGAGCAAUUUGAAAAAAUACUUUGCAAUGCAAAUAACGAAACAACGUAUAUGCAAACUUGCGUCAACUUACUGUUAA